UGAUACAGUACACUUAGCUCCCUUCUCAUCCCCUCCCCUACCCCUCCUUCCCUUUCUCUCUUUCUUUUUUGUUUUCUUCUCUUGUCUGUUAUCAUCUACUUCUCUGGAUGAAGGCUUGAGGCAGGGCUCUCCGCUAAUUCACAGGGACAAAAUUACUAACAACAGGGACACUAGGAGCAUAUUUUCUUCUGGAUAAUUUUGUACCAUCACAGAGAUAAUUUGGAAAGAAAGCACUAAGAUGGGUGAUAAUGUUAAAAUCUGCAUUCAGGAUCUGCCUUGUGAACUCUGUCAACGGACUGAUAACUGUCCUGAAAAAUAUGGGGAAAAAAGGACUUAUGAGGACUAUAAUCUUACUGUUCAUUAUUAUUGUGUGUUAAUGUCUAGUGGGAUUUGGCAGAGAGGUGAAGAUGAGGAAGGUUUUUAUGGGUUUUUACCUGAAGACAUCCUGAAAGAAGUUAACCGAGCUGCAAGGCUGAAAUGCAGUAUCUGUAAGAAAAAAGGUGCUUCAAUUGGUUGUGUGGCAUCCAGAUGCAAACGAAGCUAUCAUUUGCCCUGUGGUACUGAGAAAGGAUGCAUCUUCCAGUUCAGGGGUUCUUUCCCAUCAUAUUGUUGGAAACACCGUCCUACUCAAAAACGGCCAUCUACUGCUAAAGGAUCAUCACAAUGUACAAUAUGUUUGGAACUGGUUGAACAUGCCCCAUCAUACAAUAUUCUGACAAGUCCAUGCUGUAAAAAUGCUUGGUUUCAUAGAGAGUGCUUACAGUGUCAAGCUCUGAGUGCAGGAGUGUUUUUCUUUAGAUGCCCAGUAUGUAAUAAUACAGAGAAAUUUCAGAGUGAAAUGUUGAGAAUGGGCAUUCAUAUUCCAGAAAAAGAUGCCUCUUGGGAACUGGAGGAGAAUGCAUAUCAAGAUCUUCUUCAGUGCUAUCAACACUGUGAUGUAAAAAGGUGCCUCUGCCGACAUGGAAGAGAUUACAGUGAGCCUGAUAGUAAAUGGGAGAUAAAGCGCUGUCAGUACUGCGGCUCCAGUGGAACUCACUUUGCGUGUUCCUCACUGACGAGUUGGGAGAAAAAUUGGGAAUGCGCUGGAUGCAGAACCAUUCUUGCCGAAUCAAAUGGGAACAUUAAGAAAUGGAGAAAACGUUCUUUGAGUACGGCAGAAAAAACAGAUAUCGGAGAUGGUUUGCGAGAAGAUCCCUCACCCAAAUGGCCAAGACAGUCUCCUGGAUCCCAUCUUGGCUUCCUCAUCAGAUCCCCUAAGAUAUACCCCAAUGCCUUUACCCAUUGUUCACAACUGGAUCUUUCCUGUUCUGAUAACAGACUGAUAUCUUCACCCUCCUUGAUCAGUCCUUCAGUGAGGAAUCUAUCGCUAAGAAAAUCGCAACUCAGAGUGCAGAAAAGAGAAGUCUCGAAUAUUCUGAGAGAAUUAAGAUCACAAAUUAAUAUUAAGCCAACAAGAUUAAAUAUCAACAGACAAGACAUCUGGAAUAGCGCCUUAAAAGGAUUUCAAAAGCGCAGCUUCAAUCCUGCCAAUACUAUUGAAGUAAAUUACAUAAACAGCAGAAGUGAAAUAAAGAUGUACAGCUGCCUUUCAUCAAAGGAAGAUUUUUUCCAAUUAUUGACGCUUCACCUUCAGAAUUCAUCACUCUUUGAAGGCCGCUUUUCAAAGAAUUUAUCUUUUGAUUCUCAAGCUCUUCAAGAUAAUCUUUAUUAUGAAGCUGGAAAAAUGAUUGCAGUUUCUCUGGUUCAUGGAGGUCCAUCUCCUGGAUUCUUCUCCAAAACAUUGUUUUGUUGCCUUGUUUAUGGCCCAGAGAAUGUGAAACCAACUGUGGAGGAUGUUGCAGAUAUUGAUGUUUUGCUAACAAUAGAGAAGAUAAAAUCUGCAACAACUUUAAGCAGCUUAGAAUCAGCAGUAAGUGAUUGUUCUGAAUAUCUUGCCACUAUUGGAUGUUUGAAACCUAUAACAGCUCUAGGUGAUAAGGAUAUAUUGGUGGAUGAAAUAUUGAAUUACCAUGUCAUCAAGAGAACUCUCUUACCACUUGAAAGCUUUGAACAAGGUUUGAAAACACUUGGUGUUCUGGAAAAAAUGCAAAUGAAUCCUGAUGCGUUCUGUAGCAUAUUGUGUCACAAGCCAGAAAAACUUUCAGCAAAGUUUCUUGGCGAUCUCUUCACAAUUUACUGUUUACCAGGAGCAAACAAGGCCAGAAGUUUGGAUUUCUGGAUGGGUUACUUGCAGGAGACAGAAGGUGCUGAGUCAGGUGUGACGCUGGAGGACAUCUUACUGUUUGCAACUGGCACCUGCAGUAUUCCACCCAUCGGUUUUGAUCCUGAGCCUUCAGUUAAGUUUCUACAUAUAAGCUGCCCCAUUGGAAAGAGACACCUCAACUGCUUAGAGCUUCCAAUAACAAAAUCUUAUACGAAGUUUAAAAGAACUCUUGAUUCCUCCAUCAGAAGUGUAGUGGUCACUACAGUGGGCUCAAGAAAGUAAAUGAUAAAAGCACACAAGAAGCUUGCUAACAGCUGCUGGAUAACAGACACAUUCAUCCUCACAGGUUUACAGCAUGAUCAUGGGAAUGGCUUGAUUUCAGUCAUUUUGAAAUUUGUUUCAAAAUGGUGAACAAACAAAGCUUUUGAAAAAGUCUUGCGUUACUGUAUUUUUUUUGGUAACAAAUGGCCAUAAUCUCAUUCUUAGUCCAACAAUGUAACGUACUCCAGGAAGUUACUAGUUAGGCAUUCCGUCGAGUACUUCCAUUUCAUAUUAUUUGUAAUUAAUCAUGAACCAAAAUUUCUGGCAAAGAGAUUGAAGAAUGCUUUCCAAUGUGUUUACUAAAUCUAGGAAGACAUGUUUUUUUGAAGUCUGCCAUAGAUGUGGGUGAAAUGUCAGGAGAGAUUACUUCUGGAACAUGGCCAUACAGCCCGAAAAACAUACAACAACCCUGUUGACUUGGUGUUAUACACCAAUGGGAGUAGAUAAUAUUUCACAUACUGUACUAAAAUCGUUUCAGGUAUUCUAGCUAUUAAAACAAAAAAUAAGGAUACUCAGGAUGUUACCUCAUUUUGACUUUUGUCAAAUAUAUUUGGAAGAAUAAUAAAGCUUUAUAAUGCUUUAUAUAGAUGCAGAAAAAUGCCCCAGCUACUGUAGUUAUACUUCUGCUCAAAAACUAUCCCAAACCUUUUCUUCUGGAAAUACAAUGAAAGAGUUCAAAAAAUCUGCUCUACAGAGAAGUAUGAGUACCUGUUAAUCAAUGCAAUGUAAAGGUUCUAAUCUAAAAUUCAACAAUUGUGCAUAAGCUUUAGGUGUUAAUGUUGAAGAGCGCAUGAAAAAAGUUAGAAUUAUGAUUAUACCAAUUAGGUAUAUUCAAAAAUACAAUUCGAAAUGUGUAUUAGUACUUUAUCGAAAAGCUUGAUUUGGCUUCAUUUGUGAAAUUCCCCAACAGUUUUGAUUACACUGUAGAUAUAGUAAACCUAAUUGAAUAAUCAAACAUAAUUUAUAAAACACUUGGCAGUGACUUGGAUUCAAAAUACAAUGAUAUUGCUUUUGAUCAAAUUGCAUAUAAUUCAGAUAGGAUCAAAGUUUAUCAGAAAAAAAAUUAGGAAACAUAUUACAAGCAAUAUUUGUUUCUUUUAAAUUAGUUUUAUCAUGUGCUUCUAGAACAGAGCUUUUUAAACUGAGUCCUGACUCAAAUGGAGUCCCCCUAGCUCAAUGUUGAGGCCUACAAAAAUUUGGCAACAGUAAAAGGUUUCUGAAUGCCACCCAUUUACACAAAUCUGUUAGCAACAAUGUGCAGUGUUUAUAAUGGACUAUGCAGAAAAUACUUCAGCUGGACUUCACAAAAGAAAAACAAGCUUGUUUAGCAAGCCUUGUGAAUGCUGAUUUAUUAAAUGUUUGAUUUUCAUUCCUAUUUUAUAUACCUGGGGUCACAAAAAUUUCUCAGGUGGAAAGGGGUCAUGCAUAGAAAAGGUUUAAGAAGCUUGUUCUAGAAUGACAGAUACAGUCAAUAAAACAAGGUUUACAUUUUAAAAUACAGGGCACAAAAUUAAAAUGGGUUAGGGAAGGAAAGAGAAAAAGCACAAUACAAGUGACUUCACUAAAUAAAAAUAAAUAAAUAACUGAUCAUUUCAGCCACAGGGGAAGAAAGUUUUGGUGUUAGAAGGAACAAAUUUCCUUUGCCUGCUUAGAGGGGGGGGGGGUAUAGGAGGAAGGAACACACUUGACUCUCGGACGGUUUGAUGAGGCUAGAAGUAAGUAAAACUUUAUUCCUAUCCUGCCCUAUCUUCCCAUGGGGACUCAGGGAGGUUCACAACAUAAAAGGCAAACAUGCAGUGCCUAAUAACAAUAGACUAAAACCAUUCAAAAUAAACAAACAGCAUUUGACAAUAAAGCAGAUCACAUGAAACAAUAAUGGAAGGAGGUUUUCUCCACUUGCUUAAGUUGAGAUAACAGCCUGAGAUCUCAGGCAGGGCUGGAUUUCUGUUGUAUGAAAAAGAUAAACUCGGAUGCUUUUUGUUUUAAAUCUCUUUAAAAUGGUAUUGGAUUGACUAAAACUACUAACUUUAUGACUACUUCAGUUCUGUUGGAAUGCAAUCUCCAACUGGUUUGCCCAUUUAUGUCAGUCUUAAUUUGCAUCAGAAGUCCAGGAAUACAUCCCCAAUAUAAAUCAAGACACCCCAUACUAAUUCUUAAAACUAAAUAGUAGCUACUAUAAUUUCCAGUUGAAAUUAAAAUAUUUCAGAGAUAUAAGAAGCCCCGAGAAACUGGGCCUAAAGCCUUACAUUCAAAAUUAUAUUUAGCAAGAAAUACGUCAGGGUAAACAAAAUGUGCUUCCUCACCAUCAUAUCCUGAUACAAACCCAAAAUACAUUUAACACUAAUGGCAAAGUCUGCCCUCAAAACAUAUUGGGGAUGGGGAGGUUUGCCAGUUUAACUUAGUUUUAGUCCAAAGGAAACUUUUCUUAGAAAAUUGAAAGUGGCCUUGCCAGGCUUUUAUUAUUUUGAAAGAAUCCCUCUUCUGUCUUAAAACAGGCUCAAUGGUUUCUAAAAUUAAAUUAAAAACAAAACAAAACCCACUCCUCCAGAUUCUUUGGAUAUGAUUUUCCAUUGGAGGGGAGGAGCUAUCUUUCCUUGUAUAAUUGGAAGUGUUCUUACUGCUGAAGUAUAAAGAGCUGGUGUGUCAGAUGCAGAAACCCAGCUUUCAGCAUUCAGAAUUUUUCUGCUUCUUGAUUCCUGGCCAAUUUUACAAGCAUAAUACUCAUGCACCAGUUAAUUCCUCACUGGUUCUAAUAGAAAAGAAGUGCUAUUGCCAAGUUCUAAUUAACUAGGGAAUGCCUGGUGCUAUUUGUUUACUAUGGCAAGCAGGUUUUGUGUAACGGCUUAAUAAGACUGACAGAGGCACCAGAGUUUGUGGUUGCUUAUUCAAAAUUUCUUUUUGAUAAAUAUAUUCAUAAGACAUCCAAUAAUAGGAUAAAAACAUGCAGUUGGUUGGACUGAACCAUCUGGAUUUUAUUUUGAAAUGCUACUGAACAUCUCCGUCUUAAGACUUAUGUAUACAGGUUUGAGUAUAGGUUCUGACUGUGAUUACUGGAAUCUUUACUGGAUUGAGUAAUACUCUACUGAUUAUACAAAAGAAAAUGAUAGCUGCACAUAAAUCUGGCUUGCAGAUAUAAGUCUAGAUUGAAUGUGAUCUUUAUAGCAUUGCUCUCUGGGGCUCAUCACACCUGCAGCCUUCUCUGGUGUCAGAAAUGUGCUCCAGAGGGUUUCAAACCCUUUGAAGUAGGUUUAAGGCAUGUUGGAAGAAAUUGGAUUGUCUCCCUUCCACAUGCACUUUUCCCACAAGUACAAUGACACUAUGCCAUACAGCUCAUGUGUCUCAGUUCAGGGCAACAGUAUUUUUUAUGGGAGCUCAGGUACCUAAGGGGACUUCACUGUAUGUAUUCUUUUAUCAAACCAUUUAAAAGUUGACACAUUCAAUUAAAACAAUACGGACUGGACAAAAACAAAGCAGGUUAGGAAAACUUAAAUAUCUGGGUGGGAAAACUGAAAUUUUAGCAUUAUAUAACAGUAGUUUAGCGUUUUUCAUGUAUAGUCACAAGUUUGUAAAUAUUAUGUUUUGUGUUAAAACUUAUUUCCCAAAGCCUGUUGUAGCUAUUGUUUGUUCUUAUUGUAGCACUAUAAUACAGGAGAACUGUCAUAAGUAUAUAUCAAUACAGUGCAAUAACUUAAGAACUUACUUAGUUAACAGUAUUAAAUAUAUAUAUGCUUUCAAA